UCCCGAGGGGCUCCGUGCUGCCUGUCCCGCCCAGGACACCUCGCCCUCGGGGGCUCCGUCUUCUCCAGGGGGGGCAGUGCAGGGUGCCCCUCUUCUCGAUGGGGCGGGCGAAGGUGGCCCCUUUUCUCCCAUAGCCCCUUCUGCAGCCCGGUGUGUGGCACCAGGUACCCAGGAGCACGUUGGGACAGAAAUUAUGGAUCCCUGCUCCUUGUUUGGCCCAGGCAGCUGCUUCUGGAGAGGCCGUGAUUUUGUGUUUGUUAUUGUGUGCUCUGUGUAAUACAGAGGCACCCCUGCUGCAGAUGGGAUGAGGAUCACUGAGAUGCCCAGGAUGACAGCCACAUGAGCCAGGGUUUCCCACUAGCAUGCACUUGGACUUGGUUUUCAUAGGCAGGUGAACAGCUGAGCCGUGUUCCAAUAUGAGCAAACCAGACCAUCUGAGGCUGUUGUAACAUUUUAUAAAUAUGAAAAUGAGAUGUGGAAUUUGAGAUGGUAUAGAGAGUUCACACCAGCCCAUGUUCCCAGAAAGCUGCACAUAUGCAGAAGUUGUAGCUGCUGUUGAUGUGAACACUCUUGCCAAUGAUGUUUAUAGGCACAACUUUCCCAGCACGCCGUUAUGGGCAAAGACUAUUGAGGGCAUAACACUGAAAGAAUUUGAUGGAUUAUCUUUUGAUAUGAUUUUGAUGAGUCCUCCCUGUCAGCCUUUUACAAGAAUUGGCCUGCAAGGUGAUGUGUCUGAUCCACGGACCAAGAGCUUUCUCUAUAUCCUUGAUAUUCUCCCAAGGCUUCAGAAACUUCCAAAAUACUUACUUUUAGAAAAUGUUAAAGGAUUUGAAUCUUCUUCUGCAAGAAAUGAACUUUUGCAAACACUAGCAACAUGUGGAUUUAAAUAUCAGGAAUUUCUCUUGUCCCCAACCUGUCUUGGCAUUCCCAAUUCUAGACUGCGGUAUUUUAUAAUGGCAAAGCUUCACCAAGAACCAUUUUCCUUUCAAGCUCCUGGUCAAAUAUUGACAAGAUUCCCAGAUCAGGAUUCAGAAGAUUUACUCAAGGAAAAAGUUGCUGACAAAGUGGGUGAAACCAGUUCUUCUUUGUCCUCUGAGGAGAAGAAUCUGGAUCCAAACAUUGGUCCAGAUUGCAGCAGCAAGAAGAGUUUACCAAAAGGGGCCUUUCUUUUUAAGCUUGAAACAGUAGAAGAAAUGGAAAGGAAACAUAGUCAGGAUAAUGAUUCCUCUAUUCAAAUGCUGCAAGACUUCUUGGAAGAGGAAAACGAAGAAAUGAGUCAAUAUUUCUUACCACCAAAGUCCUUACUGCGCUAUGCUCUCUUGUUAGACAUUGUCAAACCCACCUGCCGGAGAUCCACGUGCUUUACAAAAGGGUAUGGACACUAUGUAGAAGGGACUGGCUCUGUUCUGCAGACAGCAGUAGAUGUACAGCUUGAAUCAGUGUUUAAACAUAUUGACAAGUUACCAGAAGAAGAGAAGCUUAUGAAAUUGUCUACAUUAAAACUGAGGUACUUUACCCCAAGAGAAAUUGCAAAUCUUCAUGGAUUCCCUUUGGAAUUUGGUUUUCCUGAAAAGGUAACAGUAAAGCAACGCUAUCGUCUUCUGGGAAACAGCCUCAACGUACACGUGGUGGCAAAAUUGAUCUCCAUUCUACUUGAAUAAUUUACAACCUGAAACUGAUGCAUAUGGACUGGUGACAGAAAAUACUUCCAUCUUUUAGGAGAAAGCUGAUGGAACAUGGACAAAUACCAGAGCUUACCAAGAUAUUUGCCCAGACAUUUUGCUGAACAGUUUUGAUAUAUUUUUAAUAACUUGCAUUCAUGAUGGAUUUAAACUGUAUAGGUGGGUUUUUUUAAAUGGCAGUUUACAGGACUUACUUGCUUUAUUUAAAUGUUCUAUUUAGUUUACAGCAGCACAUGCAAGUACUUCAAUGAGAAAGGAAGAUUAUUUUAUUUUACUUUAUUUUAUUUUAUUUUUUUAUCCUAAAACUAUUUUCUCAGUACUGUGUGAAACUGUGUCAAAGCUGUUUCAAUUAGGUGCAGAGAUCAAGUUCUAUGUGUAAAAUGUCUUCAUCUUUAAAUGUAAUUAAUCCAUUCUGAAAAGAUUUACUGUAUGAAAUUUUGAUGUGAUUUUUUUAGCUCGUGAAACUAAUAAAUUCAGUAUUUUAUAUAAAAAAUUUAAGAUGU